UCCUGCUGCCCCUACGCCCACCACCCGGGACACCGAGGCUUGUUUGACCACACUUUAAACAGCAUAAGCUCAAGGAUAACACAAAGGAGGCUACAAGGGACUUGUCCAUCCGUCAGUCGUGGACAUUUUGGAAAACCUUUCUUGGGUGCAAACAGUUAUAGUUCCCCAUUUUUAAACCCCAGGAAUGGUUUUCACACUAUUCAUUCAGAGAAUAGCCCUGUAAAGCCGAGGAUUGUUACUGUGGUGAAACCAAGUGGACACACACUCAGGAAGAUCACAUUGCUUCUGAACAGGCGAUCUGUACAGACUUUUGAACAGCUGAUGGCUGAUAUAUCAGAAGCUCUGGGAUUUCCACGUUGGAAAAAUGAUCGUGUGAGAAAACUUUACAACUUGAAAGGCAGAGAAAUAAGAAGUGUUUCUGAUUUCUUCAGAGACGGUGAUGCAUUCAUUGCUAUGGGAAGGGAGCAGUUGACAUUGAAGAACCUUGAAGUGGUAAUGCAAGAACUUUUUCCAGGUAGCCCAUAUGCUGUCGGUAUAAUUCAACAAAACUUGGAACAGUCCCAAAAACUUAAGAGCAGGCUGUGUGACAAAGCUGUGUAUAGUGACUUUGAUGAGAUGGAGAUGGCCAAGAACUGCAAUGAUGCCAUAUCUUCCCAGCUCGGAGCCAGGCAUGAAGGAAAAAUUCAACCUAAGACCAGGCAAGAAGAAAAGGUGAAGGCCAAAAAAAAAUGGGGCAGAGAUAGUUGGGGCAGAGAGCAAGAUACGAAGCCACCUAGAAAAACCAGAGAAGCAGAAAGGUACUUUAGUCAAGAGAAAAGUCUUGAGAAUGAAACAGAAAAGAGUUCAGAUGAGAUAAUGAGAUGUGAGAAAUGUCAAAGGGAGAGACAGCUCAGGCAAAAACUACAAAGGGAAAGGCAGGCUGAUGUCUCAUUUGAGAGCAGAGACCUGAAUGUGGGAAUGUGUCAGAGAUAUAAUUUAGAAAGGAAUGUAAAAAUGAGGAAUUGCAGGAAGUCUUCAGAAAACUCUAUAGAAGGUGAGGAAGUUGAAUGGAAGUAUACUGGCUGUAGAAGGAGCUGGAAACCUUUACAAAGGAAUGUUAAUGAAGAGCUAGAAAACCAAAAAAGGAGUCUUGAGAAGGAAAGGAAUCCGGAAAGGCAUGAGAAUCAUGACAAAGAGUUAGUAAAGAUAAAGAAAACUACUGUGGAAGCUCUGCAGGUGGCUCCUGAAGCAAAGAAAGAGAAUAGAAGCAGUUCCAGAAUUAAUCAAAGUUGUUGGUUAAUGAAGGACUGUCAAGGAGAUACAGGGAAACCCAUAAAAGCAAAGGGAGAGGGCAAAGAGGUGCGGAAGGGAAAAGAAGAAAGUGCUGUAGGGGAAGAGAAUGUAGCGUGUGGAGAGAAUGAAUCGACAAGGAUGAAAAAGAUGGGAGAACAUAAAGCCAACAAAGAUGAAAACAAGCCGCAAGAAUUUGAAAGCACGAGGCUGAGGCAAAAUAUCUGUACUAGAGCUGAUGUGGAGAGCUAUUAUGAGAUAGGCAGAACCAUUGGGGAUGGAAACUUUGCUAUUGUGAAGGAGUGCCGGCGCUGCAACACCAGUCAGAACUAUGCCAUGAAAAUUGUUGAUAAGUCCAAGCUGAAGGGGAAGGAGGACAUGAUGGAAAAUGAAAUUUUGAUCAUUAAGAGCCUUUCUCAUCCCAACAUAGUGAGUUUGAUUGAGGUGUAUGAAACUGAGGCUGAGAUCUACCUAAUCCUGGAGUAUGUCCCAGGAGGGGACCUAUUUGAUGCAAUCAUAGAGAGCGUAAAGUUCACUGAGCACGAUGCUGCUCUCAUGAUAACUGAUCUGUGUGAGGCUCUUGUUUAUAUUCAUGGCAAGAACAUUGUCCACCGAGAUCUGAAACCAGAAAAUCUUCUGGUUCAGCAUAAUGCAGAUAAAUCUACUACAUUGAAACUAGCAGAUUUUGGCCUUGCAAAGAAGGUUACGAAACCCAUAUUUACUGUGUGUGGAACACCAACAUAUGUUUCCCCUGAAAUACUUGCGGAGAAGGGCUAUGGACUGGAAGUAGACAUGUGGGCUACCGGUGUGAUACUCUAUAUUCUGCUGUGUGGCUUCCCUCCUUUCCGAAGUCAGGAGCGAGAUCAGGAAGAACUGUUUCAAAUCAUACAGCUGGGUCACUAUGAAUUCCUUUCACCAUACUGGGAUAGUAUUUCGAGUGCUGCGAAAGAUCUGAUAACCAGGCUGUUGGUGAUAGAUCCUCAAAAGCGCUACACAGCUCAACAAGUUCUUCAGCACCCCUGGAUCAGAACAGCUGGAAAAACCAACAGCAGAAACCUACAGAGGGAAGUGACAAUGAAUAUCGAGCGCCACUUUCGGAGCCAGCGCAGGAAGGGAGUUGUAGAUGACGACACAUGAAACCGCUUCUUGUUAAUCUAGUCCUCUUUGUUUUUUCCUUUCCUAAGCGAAUUGGGCCCAUAGCUGCUUGUUGUUGUUGCUUGACCUUUUUUAGAUUUUGAGAAUCUGGGAAAGUUUUGGAAUUCCAAGGCCUGGUCCAGCAUCCACCGAAGUGACUGAAUCUUUCCACUGACUUCAGUGGGCACUGGAUAGGUCUACAUGUGUCCUUUUUUUUUUUUUUAAACACUGAACUGAGUCUUUAUAUUACAAACUGUUUCUCUUUUAUAGAUUAAAAGUUUUUGCUUUUGCAGUUAACGUCAGUAAUGAUUACAGAGUAUUUUCUGUACUUAUUUUUAUGGUAGCUGCCAGAAGUUUUGUGUUUAUGGCAUCUUGUUUUGGAAAUAUGUAUGUAGACACCCUGCACUUAACUUCUAGACCGAGCCUUUAUACCAGUUACUGUUAGUGACAGAACUGAUAAGUAAACAAAAUAUAAAGGAAUAUAUCCUUCAGCUAUAGGUUACAUUAAAUAUGAGGCAAGCUACGUGUAUUCAAUAUAAAUAGUGGUAAGUUGAUCCAGGUAGAGAAAACUUUGAACCCCUCUUCUUUCAGCAGUGGGAUUCUAUAUUUCGAGGUCAACUCAGACCUCCGAGAUUUGACUUAUCAUGUGAACACCUAAGUAUGUAUGAGGGAAUAAAAAUCCUUGCAGUCUUACUCCCAAAAUUAGUUACCUAAUUAGCUAUUUUGUGGUGUUAGGUAUUAGGAAAUGUCCAUCCUUAGUCAUUUUCAGAGACAGAGCAGUAGAGUGGACCAUUGGUCUGUUACGGUAUGCAAUUCCUAUGUUUCUAUAUUGAUUCUUGAGAGAGAGGAAGGAUGUCAUGGCUGGUAAUUUUUCAUGGCAGCUGUGCAAGACUGUUGUAACAUUUUGUUAUGUGCUGCUGAAGAGUCUCUUUUUUCCUUCUCUGGGAAAGAAAAGUCUGGGAGGGUGAGCAAUUUCUGUGGGAACUCUGUCUCUCUUUUAUGAGGCAGAGUGUGGAGAAUAGUUACUCUGUUUUUUGAAGAUCAGAUUUCUCCUCUCGGAUCCACACUGGUGGUUCUGGAUUCCAGUAUUCUUAUGUGCUGCAGGAGGGAAAAAUGUUGUGGGACUUUUUAAAGCUCUCCUUAGCCCCUUCUCUGAUUGUUUUCCUUCUCUCAACUUAAUAAUUUCCCUCUUCCGCCUCCCUCCUCUGCUUAAUCAUCUUUUGAUUCUUCUGGUGUCUGUUGCUGGGCUCCUUCCGCUUGCCACCUUCUCCUGGUGGCUUAUGCCCCCCUUCCCUGGUGUUUUAUGUGGCUAAUCUACAAGUAUGAAUAAUGGGAUGAAAUUAAAUAAAAACUAAAAUCAGGAAAAUAGUUCUUAUUAUUCUAUAGGAAAGUCUGCCAAGAGAAAUGGAAAAAUCUUCAGUUCUUUAAUUAUUUAAAACUGGACAGGAUAAAGUGUUAAAAAAAAAAAUCUUUCAGGAAAAAUCUGGUCCAGAGAAUGAGUCUGACCUAAUAUAUCUUUUGUAUCCCGAGUUAAAUUUGUUAUCCAACCAAAAUUAACAAGCACAUUUGUUGUCUGUUUCUGGUAAAAUUGUCCAACAGCUCACAUGUGGUAGUUAACAAUAUUGACAUUUAAAAUGUUUAUUAAUACUAGCUUUGAUUUAAUAGCUCAUUGAUAUCAAGGGGGCAAACUCAAGAGCUAUUGUUUCAGUAUUUUUGUCUGUAGAUACAAUAAAACAAUGUUGUAUUGUUUCAUAAUCAGAAGGAUAUUUUAGUAACCAUAAGGACUAGAAUAUUUUUUUAAGUUUAAAGUUUAAACUGAUGGGACUGCCAGGAAAAUGAAAGGUGUUGUACCAUGUGUCUGUUCUAACAAAGCGUUCUGCAGCAAGAAUAAAAUAUCAGAAUUGAGAUCUUAUAAGUGGCCGUACAGAAGAAAUGCACCUUCAAUAUUUAUGAUCAGGUUGAACUGGCUUAUGUUUAAUACUUACUGAAUUAAAGGUUGCUGUGGAAUUCAACUACUAGUCAGAACUCUCAGACCUUUAAAUUAAACUAUGCCAGUAAUUAUAUUUAAUUGAUAUUCUGUACAUUUGUGUCUUGGCCUUGAUGAAGGAAAGCAUCCCUUUUCAGGAAAGAAGUAAAGCAUGGGCUCAAGUGCUUUCCUGAACAUGGAUGGGUUUAAGCAUGUGUGUAAGUGCCUUCCUGAGUCAGGGCCCUAAAGAGCUCCAGUAUUCUGGAGGCCUUGUGUGAUAAUUGUGUGUAAGUAAUAAUUUUCCCUCUGUAAACUUGUUAAUUCUUUGACAGGAAACUAUUGUAAAACACAGCUUCUAACUUGCAAUAUCAGAUAUUGCAGUUCUCUUAAUUUACUUGAUAUUUUCAUACAAGAAUAAGCUUGAAGUGACAUUUUUAGGUGCAGUGAAUCUGACAGUCUGGAUUUCAGACUACAGGGUUGUCCAAUCACCUUUAAGAAAUUGUGAGUGUGUGUAACAGCUUUAUGGUACAGAAGAGACAGGAUGCACUAGUGAUUAAUAUAAAAGGGAUUCUUAUUUCUGCUGCUAAAAAGACAGGUUCUUGUCAUUCUCUCUGGCUCUCUAAGUCCUAGACUGACUAAACGCAGCCUAUACUGCCUAAUGUCAUUGCACACAGUCCUGGCCCUGGACUAUGCAGUUAUGGAAGGGAAUGCUAAUACACUAAACUAUGAAGGAAGCACUGAAGAAUUUUACCAUUGGUCUUGCACAGGACAAAAGGAGACACUCAGCGACGGAUUCCAAUCAUCUGCCUCAAUUGGGAUGUUUAGGAAGCAUUUCAGUGCUCCUCCUUGGGGCUUUCACCUCGUUCUUUCCCUUCCCUUUUAGCUAUUCUGUUCUUUUCUUUUCUUCCUCUAUUUCCAGGGCCCAGUCUCUGCAGCUGUACACUCGCCAGUUCUGUGGAUUCAGAGUCCUGGAGCGGUCUAAUCCAAGAACCUGAAGCAAUGAAUCUGCAGGAGGCCAAAAUGUUUUGCUUGCCCAGUACCACCAAAGAUCCCGUGCUCAUGCUGACAUUUAACAAGAUGGAGGAGGAUUCAGCCAAAGAAAGCUAGCAAAGGCAGGGAAUCUGUGAAAGCACCUCAGUCGUGAGGGCUCGCAACCCUCCUCCCAUCUAAUACUAUCUCUUCUCUUCCUCUUCCCUCUCUCCUCUUCCCUUCCUUUUCCAAGACCUUCCAACCCAGACCCAGUCUUUAUGGUGCAUAGAGCCCAAAUUUUCUUCUACAUGGAUAUGUUCAUUGGAGGGAGCUUUUCCCCACUUGCAACUGUCUUUUUUUUUUUUUUUUUUUUUUACUCUUCCUCCCCCUUCAGCAAUCUUCUCUGAUCACCCCUUCUCCCUCCUAUGGUUCCCUGAGACUGAGUCACCUUCCCCUUAGAUUUGGACCAUCAUGAGCCAGUUUUGUUGCCUCAACAAAGCAAAGCAAAAAAUCCCCAAACCAACCAAACAAAAAACAAACAAACCCCAAACCACAUAGGAAAAUAGCCAAAAGCAAGAGAAGACUAAAGCCCGCAUUGAGAUCUUGUUCUCACUUUUCCUCUUCAUCCUCCUGAGGAGAGUGAAAUUUCUUUCCUCCUUGUCUUCCUCUGCUCAUACUGCCACACUAUUCCAUUAGAAUAAAUAUUAAAAUUAAUUACCAGUGUCCUUAUGAUUCUGAACAUUAAAAAGGAAAAAUCCAGGAAAGACCCUUUUAAAAAGAAAAGAAAAGGGUAAAAUAGGAUUCUGUAUUCCAGAUGCUGUGGAAAUCAAUGGCAUCUCCCUAAAAAGAAAAAAAAAUCAAGUAAUGGGGUUUGCUAGAUAUUUUAUCAAAUUCAAGAGGACGACAAGCAAAAGUAUGUUUCUUUCCUGUGGUUAAUACUGCAUUUUUCUCACUUCAUAAACUAUGAUGUUGAAGGCUAAAUCCAAACUUUACUUUUGGUGGCAGUUACCAUGACCCAUAAACUCGCAACUCUCUUCAUUAGUACAAUUCUCCUCGCUGAUUAAAUUCUUACUUAAUGAAGUUUCCCUCAAACCGCCUCCUCUCUUUGUGCACAAAGGGCAAUCCCCUUUCCACCUUAACAAAAACAUACUAUUGCCUUACUUGGGUCCUAAUCCUCUCAUCUAUCUAUAUUUACAUGUCUCCAUUACUGUAAUAUCUCAUUACCUCACAAUCUUCAAUGUAUUUAUCCUCACAACAACCUUCGAGCUAGGGAAGUAUAGUUAUCUGUAUUUACAGAUGGGGAACUGAGGCCCAGAGAGACUGAAGAUGCAGAUAGGAACCUAGCAGGACAGUGCCUAAACAACUGACUAACUUGAAAUCAGUGGAGUUAAGCACCUAAAUAACUUUAAAAAUCUAGUCCUAAUUGUUUUGUACAGGGCCCCACAGGAAGUCUGCAGCACAACAGGGACUUGAACCUAACUCUCCUAAUUCGUAGGCUAAUGCCCUCACCAUUGUGUUAUCUUUCCUCAUGUGAGUGCUAUUUGAUAUAUAGCUACUUUAUGGGUGGCUCAGAACAGAGUCAUAAUCAGAAAUCUUGAAAGCCACCAGCUGGUCCUUGGUAUACUCCUUCAUCAGACAUUAUGAGGUAGCUUUUCCACCCCUCUGCUGAGGUAACAUUUGGUUGCAAGGUAAUGUAAGGAUUUAUGGAGCAUCACCCUCCAAACUCUGGUCUGACUGAUGGUUCUACUGGGAAGGAAAGAUUGUCUACAGCUUGCCUUUUCCCAGUGUCCAGAAUUCAGACUGGUAGAUGCAGUCUGCCUGGGAUUGUGACAAGUUUAUUCUGUCUGUAAAUUGAUCUUCUCAAAGGCAUGAAUCCACCAAUUUACUUCCUUCUCUCCUUCCUAGAUUUCCUUUCUUUUGCCUCCUAGAUUUCUCCUGAAAUUUCUUUUGGUGUCAAGGUUCUGUCCUAUGCAAGUCCAGGAGUAGAAUUCUACAAGAUUGUGUCAUGAGCGUCUCAGAGGAGUAUGGGCCAUCACAAUGAUUUGGCAUCUGUAUUGGUACUGUUGGUCCUAUAAUAAGACCAAUUUACAGGUAGGAUGGAAUUGUACCAUUAUUCCAACUGACAUUGGGAUAUAAACUUCUGCAUGUGAACACUGUAUAUCAUAUUUUCUAAUUUACUAUAUUAGGAGUACAGGCUGUAAGUGUAUGGUUUUCUAACAAUUUACAUUUUAUCAGUUUUGGAAACGUGUUUAAAAAGUCUGAUGCUGGCACAGUCUGGAUGUAAUGUGUAUCUUCAUUUUCACUGGAAAAAACCCAUUCUAAGGCCUCAGUCAUACAAACACACACAUGCCUAACUUCAAACUACAAUCACUUCAUUGAUUUCAAUGGAGUCUACUCACAGUAGUGAAGCAAAGCAGAUAUGUACAUAUUUUCAGGAUGGGGCAUAAAUUAGUUCCAGUAAGAUUCUUAUUUCAGUGUCACAACUAAUCAUGUCCAUUGAACAUUUUGUUCCAGCAAGCACGCAUGACAAUUGAAGCUAUUUCCAUUAAAACUACAUGUACAUAGCAAUGCAUUGAAAUGUCAAAUAUAUUCAUUUUUUAAAAUGCUAAUUUAUUUAUUUAAAAGUGGAUUUACUUUGCUUGAGAAAACAAGCAAUUAUAAGUAAAAUUGACAAUUAUUACAGAAGCUACUUCUUCAAAAGGACUCAUUUUUUCAGCAGUUCAUGUAUAUUUCAGUUCUGACAUUGAAAAGUACUAUUUUCCUAUAGGUCUUCAGCAUCAAUACUCUUGUACCUGAAAUAGCAUAAAUAGAAAUGUAUAUAAUAUAUUGAUGGCAUAUUAAGAAGUUACAGAAGUCAAAGGCUUUCUCUAUAGCUGGUGGAUGCCUGUGAUAAAGUGGUUGCCAUUUAAAAUCAGUAUGUGUCCACAUUUACCGUAACAUGCUACCUACGAUACCACAGCUUCCCUACUAUUCAACUAGAAAUAACUGUGUGGUAUCUGUUAUCAAAUACCGGCCUUUUUAUAGUCAUCACUCUAAUUUAUAACAAUGCCGCAUUGCAUUUUAGUGGUAUGUACAGAGGGCUAAUUAAGACUGUGAUUUAAUGCUUUGAUCUUAACAGCUGGAUAUAGUUAUGUUUCCUGUGUUCCUAAUAAAGUCACGAUCUGGCAAUAUUUUACUGAAAUAUGCUUUUAAAAUUGUCACAACCAGAUGCUAUUUGUUGGGAAGGGAAGAGGUGAUUUCUUGUAACAUCCAGUCUACUCAUUCACUGUACCAGCCUUGCAUUAUAAGCAGAGAUUUUAUUUACAUGCAAAUAAAACCUGCGUUGGCACUUCAGAAACUGCUUGGAUAGUGCAGAAAGUUAAUUUUAAUCAUUAAAAGGGAAAUGGUUCAGAACAGGAAAAAAACAUUGUGUGCUGCCAUCAGGGCUGAUUAGUGAUGUAAGUAAAGAACUAAGAUCUGGAGCAUUAACUUUAUCUCUAAAUACUAAAUUAGAUCAGUGCAGCUUAAUUUAGAAAUAAGUGCUUCUGCAGUAAAGUAAUGGGAAUAUCUGCCCAAUGGAAAAAUACAACCGUACUAUAUUGCUUGGGAGAAACAUUUAGGAUCCAUUACAAACUAUUUCCUAAAUCCUUUGUUGAUAGCUGUAGUGAAUAGGGUCUAUUGGAUGCUAGGUUUGAUUGCUGGAAGAGUUUCAUGCCUUAAAUGAAAGAUGGUCGUAUUAUUAUUGCUCUGUGAGGCAAUGAUGCCUCUUAGAAUACGAUUGUCGGUGUCCCUUCAGAAGGCGUGUCUCUGGAAAAAUUGCAGCACAGAACUUUACAAAAAAUAUUUAAUCUCAAAGGUUUCAGUAACGAAGACAGUUUUUCUAGAGAGACUUGUAAUUACAGAGUGGAUCAGCAGUCUGUGGAAUUCAUUACAGCAGCCCAUUAUCAAGUAAAUUCUGUUACUGGAUUGUUAAAAGGAAGGUAUAAUUUUGUGACCAUAAACAUUUGUGGAUACAGGGCUUGAGAUGUUGACAACUAAUUAACUUCAGAGCAUAAGCUUAUCACCUGCUGGACUCAGAUAAAACCCACCCUUGCACCCACUUUAUGUAUGGCACUGAACUGGCCAGGUGCGUUGUUAUUGUUUGUCUUCUGUAUCAUCUGAUAUUGGCUGAUACUGGAAGCAGAACCUAAUAGGAUAUGCUAAUGUCUACAUACUGAUGAGUGUAGGAAACAUUGUGGGCCAACUUUCAAACACAGAAGCAAUGGUAUACCUACAAAAACGCAUGCAUGUUGCACAUGUAGAAACUCAACAGAUAUGCAGUAACCCUGUUGGGUUACACCUUGCACCUAUUUUUAAAAUGGUGGCCCUUGUGAAGUAACAGCUAAGCAAAAGAAUAGGAGAACAUCAAGACAGGCAAGCACAAAGGUUGAAAAUGCAAAGAAACUCUUUUCUUUUUCUAAGAUGUCUUAAUUUUCUUGAAAUAAAUCAAUGAUGUAAAUGAGGCGAAGGAAUCUUUGAGUAAAAUAAAAAAUGUUUUCAG